AUGUUGUUCACUCCGCUCAUUCUUCUCUUCCCCGCAGUCAGUCAUGCCUCUUGGCUUCCCGUCAGACUCCCCAUCAGGCGAGGACAGCUUUCAAGCCCCGAAGACUGUACUGUAACAAGCACUCUUUCCCCUAUCACUGUAACCAGUCUCCAUCCUACCUCUACCUUUGGAUCCCAUGGCUCUGGCUCGGGAGGUUCCGAUGGUUCUGGCCAUGGUCAGAUGACAGGCGGCGGCACUCUCAUCUACACCACUGCCCUUCCAACCCUUGGCCCCAAUGGUCCAGGUGUACAUACUUAUACCAUCACCGCCCCCUGCGCCUCGUCUCACUGCCAGAGACCUCCCUCCACCGAGUGUCCUCCUGGUUUCACCACCACGGCCGUUAUCUGUCACGUCUGUGGCGAGCACCCAGUCACAACCACUUUGACUCUCCCUAUCGAGUCAGCCACAGCUGCUCAGGGGUCUCCCGGUGGGGCCGCCAAGGCUGGCUCUACUCUCACUGCGGUCUUCACGUCCGUUGUUCACAAAACCGUCGUGCCUGUUUCCCCCGCUGAGAGCGUGUAUCCAUGGAUUUCCCGCGGUGGUCCUGAAUUACCCGAUGCUCAGAAACCGUCUCAGGGCUCUGGUGGUUCAGAUGCCAAGCAUGAUGGUGCUGGAAAAGGCGACGAAUUACCCGAUGGCCCUAAGAACACCGGCGCUCCCGAAUUGCCCGCUGGUGGAGGUGCGGACACUAGUUCUCACAGUUCCACUGUGGAUGCACCUAACGGAGCCUCUACUGCAGCGGGUAAUGAAGCCGGGCACGGAGACGGAGACGGAGAUGAAACGGGAUCCGAGUCGGCAUCUCCUUCUGAUGACGCUAGUCCAUCGGCCGUCGUUGUUACUGGCCACGCGCCCGAAACUAAGGUGACCAAGUCUGUUGUCCUCAAAGCCGCCCUCUUUGCUGCUAUGGUCUUGUAUCCUCUCUACAUCUAG